CGCGUCGCGAGUGCGACAAUUAGCAUGCCCAUCAUGGAGUUAGAUCAAAGUUGUCCAGUUUUAAGAGAGUAUGGUAGUGAACAGAGUUUAUUGUCUAGACCUGACGGGUCAUCCACUUUUGUCCAAGGCGAUAGUAGUAUUCUGGCUGGAGUUUAUGGACCAGCUGAGGUUAAAGUGAGCAAGGAAAUCUAUGACCGAGCUACUGUGGAGGUUCUUAUCCAGCCCAAAAUAGGGCUUCCAAGUGUUCGAGAACGUGCAAGAGAACAGUGUGUUCGAGAGGCAUGCGAGGCAGCUCUUCUGUUGACUCUUCAUCCCCGUUCUUCUCUCACUCUGAUCCUGCAGGUUAUCUGUGAUGAUGGUUCUCUGUUAUCAUGCUGUCUGAAUGCUGCCUGUAUGGCUCUCAUGGAUGCCGGGCUGCCCAUGAGCUACCUUUUUUGUGGUGUGACGUGUGCCAUUACCAAAGAGGAGGGUCAGAUAAUCACUGAUCCAACGGCUCGACAGGAGAAGGAAAGUCGAGCAUUGUUAACAUUUGCAAUUGAUAGCGUGGAACGCAAUGUUUUGAUGUCAUCAACAACAGGCUCUUUCUCAGUCAAAGAGCUGCAGCAGUGCAUAGCCAUCAGUCAAAAGGCAUCUGAACAAAUUUUCCAGUUUUAUAGAGACUCUGUUAAACGGCGAUACUCAAAGAUAAAAUAAAACAAGCUUAUUAGAUUUUCUAUUUUGAGUGUGUGUUGUGUUUUUUUCCUAGCUAGCUACCAUAAUAUUUGAAAUAUUAUGGAUCAAAUUAUUUUAUUAUUACUUGCAUAAUAAAUGUGUUAUGAUCCUGCCUGCGUGGUUUCACCCACAAAGUUUUAUUUUUUAUUUGAAUUCCUUGACUUCAUGUUCGCUACUUUAUACUGUAUUAAUUUGAUUAAAUUUGAGUUUAAAGCCAUUACAAUCGUUUUUUAAGGCAUACUGAAAGCAAUAUUAAAGAGAUUUAAUACUGUAUAUUGCUUUCGAGUUGUUGUGGUUUCUGGCAUUAAAUUAUGGCUUAAUGUCAGGAGGGAGUCGUGAUGUCAAAUAAAGAUAAUAAUGCUCUUUGUUGUGCAACAAAAAGCACAUGCUUGAAGGCGAAAUGGAAAUUUUAAACCAUUGGCGUGGGAACUGUUACUAUCAAAAUGGAAAUGAAAUGAUGAGGGUUUGUUAUUAUUAGAUUGCGUAAGCUGGGUCUUUGAGAGAAUCACAUAGUGCGUUAACAUGUAUUACCAUUAAUUGCUGU